AUGACCUCGAACCCUCCUCAGUCGGGCGUUCAACCAGGACACAGCACCGCUACCUCCGCCUCCAACCCGUCCGUCGCUUCAUCCUCCCCCUUGGCUGCCACGACUCCAGCAGCCAGGUCCUACGCCAGCGCCACGAAGAAGUCCACCACGGACUCCUCCGCUGCUCCCGUCACCGUGGGUGGCUCGGCGCAACAUGGGAAGUCGACUCCCGGAACUUCACUGAACGGCAAACCCAUGCAAAACCAAUCCUCUCAGCAGCAGGCUCAGUCUGGGGUGACCAUUGUCAAUGGCGCUCCCACGGCCCCUGCUGCUGCACAAAAUGACCACUCUCGAAAGCCCUCUGUGACCAUCACCUCUGCUGGUGCCUCGGGAUACAUGCCCAACGGGGGCCCUGCUGGCCGGCCCAACUCUCUUCAGUUCGGCUUUGCCAACCAGCAAAGCUCCCCCAACAUGGGUAACCCAGCUGUCCUGGCCUCUACCCAGGCCCAGUCUGGCCUGGGUGCGCCAUCGACCAACCCGCGUGUCACUUCGCCUCAGACUUCCCCGUCGCCUAUCCCACAACCCGCCUCCAGCGGUGGUCGUCCCCCACCUUCGACCUACCAGGCACAGGGUAAUGUUCCUAACUUUGGCAGCUUUGGAGAGAAUGCAGGUGACAACAAUGCACCUCUCGGUCCCGGCCAACAGCACGUCCGUCGCGAGUCCUCGCAGUCAACCCAUAGUGACAUGAGCAACCACAUGGGUGGUGGUCCUGGCCGUGGUGGCUACCCUCACCAGGGUGGCCGCGGUCGUGGAUACUCCCAGUCUGGCUACCAAGGAGGACAGAUGCCCUACUCACCAGGCCCGAACUUCCGCCAGACACCUAACCAGCCUCGUGGUGGUCACAAUAUGGGUCCUCAGUUCCACGGCCCUAACCAGGGCCGCCCGAUGCCCCCCUUCCCCAACUCGCCACACCAAGCCAACCGCAGCCCGGCUCUCGCCAACGCGCACCCUACGACUCCCCAGAUGAACCAAGUCCCUAUGGCCCACCCGCAGAUGCCUCCCCAGCCCUACCCCGGCUACGGACAGCACAUGGGUCCCCAAACAGUGAGAAACCCGUCCUUUCCCCGUCAAACCCCCAAACCCGCCCGGCGUGGCAACCAUGGCAAUAACCCCAGUCAUUCAAGCUACCGUGGAAAUCGUGGAGACUAUGGUGGCUUUGGCAGCUAUGGGCGAUCCCGUGGAGACAGUCGCCCUACUGCGGUCCCAAUGCCCUCAAUCCCCUUACCAGAUCUUGCUCCGGAGAGCGGUCAGUUUGAACAAUGUCUAACAUGGGUCAAAAACAAUCAGGGCUACCCUCCGAGCUACGACCCCAACUACGGCUUCUACCCAGGUGGUUAUAACAUGCAGAAUAUGCAGUACAUGACCCCUCCUUCGCCGCAACCUCGCCCGGGCAUGCCCUACAACCCCCAGGGCCCGUACAUGCAGCAGCAAUACCCCGUGCAGCCUCCCCCUCAGUCGACCCCGCUCUCGCGCACCCCAUCCCAAGUCUCGGCUGACCGUCCGGGCUCAAGCCUUGGUCAACCCGCCCCAGCUGGUCCCCCCGGCGCGGGUCACACUCACACUGGUAGCAGAUCAUCGAACAGCCCCGUCCCCCCCAAGCCUAACUUUGUCAUUCCCGCCAAGAAGAGUCCUAUCAUCAUCAAGGACCCCAACAGUGGCAGCGUGAAGACCUUCGACAAGAACCCCGCCUCUCCUGCUCGUGCUACUCCCUCUCCCGUGAAGAUCGCCACCCCUACCGCGACUCCACCUCCCCGAACCUCGAGCGCUGCCGACCACUCGCGCGCUGAUAGCAAGGCCAGCAGCACCAAGACUGACGAGGAGAAGAAGCAAGAGUUGAAGGAUGCUGUGCGCCAGAAGAUCCAGGAAGACGAGGCAGCGCAGAAACGAAAGGCCGAGGAGGCUGCCCGCAAGAGCGCCGAAGAGGCUAAGGCCGCCGAGGCCAAGCCUGCCGAAGCCAAGCCCGUUGAGACCAAGCCCGUUGAGACCAAGCCCGUCGAGACCAAGCCCGUCGAGACCAAGCCCGUCGAGGCCAAGCCCGUCGAGGCCAAGAAGGAGGACGCCACCGAGUCCGCUCGCGCCGCUCUGGAGGGCCUGAGCUUGAAGGAGAAGGCCGCCCCUGCUGAAGAGCCUAAGAAGGCUCCCGCUCCUACUUCCGCCCCCGCCCCGGCUCCCCCUGCUGAUGAUGACGAGAUCGACUACGAUGCCAUCGAGCGUGAAAUGGCCGAGAUUGAGGCCAAGGAGCGUGCCGCUGAGGAGGACUACAAGCGCAAGAAGCAAGCCAAGAAGGAGGAGGCUGAGCGCAAAGAGCGUGAGGAACGGGAACAGUACGAGCUCAACAUGAAGAAGGCCGAGCAGGAGGCUGAAGAACGUGAACUCGCUCGUGAGGCCGCUCGUGCCAAGGGUGUUGACACCACUGAGGAUGAGGCCAGCCGCAAGGAGCGUGAGGAUCUCUUCGCUUCUCUCAGGAAGGGUGGCAUCACUGCCACGGAAACUUCCACCCCUGCCGACAGCGGCGCUGCCACCCCCGUUUCGUCUGACAUGUCCAUGGGCCCUCCUGCUAAGCCCGCCGGUGCUGCUGCUGCCAAGAAGCCCACUGGUCUGAAGCUCGACACUCCCAAGCCCACUGAGCCUCCUCAGCCCAGUGCCGCCAUGAAGUCCCUCCAGAACGCCAAGUUCCUGGAAGACCUCAGCAAGGUCACCUACCCUUCUUCCGUCAAUGCCCCCGAUGCCUCCCUCAACGCCAACUCACCCGCCGGCCGCCGAUUCCACUACGACCGUGACUUCCUGCUCCAGUUCCAGGCCGCUUUCAAGGACAAGAUCUCCGUUGACUGGGACGCCCGUGUGCGCGAGACUGUAGGCGAUAGCGACGCCUCCUCCCGGCCCCAGUCGGCCCGCACCCCUAGCAUGGGUGGCCGCAACCCGUCUCAUAAGGGUCUUGGUGGCUUCCCCGGUGCGCCCAUGGGCACCUUCGGUCAGACAACUCGUCACAGCAUGCCCCCUGUCAACCCGUCUCUGGGUGGUGGUCGCAACACAUUCGGUAACUUCGGUCGUCCUGGUAUGCCUGGUAUGGGUGGUCCCAUGUCUCGCAACCCGUCUUCGAACAUGCCCAUGUCUCCUCGUGUGGCAUCCAGCAAGGGUGGUGCUGGCAGCAAGCGUGGCAAGCACGGUGGCAAGAAGGAAGAGGACUCCAACAAGUCUAUGCCUCUUACCGCCGGUAUGGAGCUGAAGGCUCUGCAGCAGAGUUCUACUGGUUGGAAGCCGCGUAGCGUUGGUGCCCAGACUGCUGGUCCCGCACCUGGUGGUGAAGGUCACUUGGCCCCCGACGUUGUGCAGCGUAAGGUGAAGGCUGCGCUGAACAAGAUGACACCCGAGAAGUUCGACCGUAUCUCCUCUCAGAUUUUGGAGAUUGUGUCUCAGUCCAAGGACGAGUCGGACGGCCGUACUCUGCGCCAGGUCAUUCAGCUCACCUUCGAGAAGGCUACCGAUGAGGCUCACUGGGCCCCCAUGUAUGCCAAGUUCUGCAAGAGUAUGCUGGAGAGUAUGAGUCCUGAGAUCAAGGAUGAGAACAUCCGCGAUAAGAGUGGCAACAUUGUUACUGGUGGUUCCCUGUUCCGCAAGUACUUGCUCAACCGUUGUCAGGAGGAGUUCGAGCGUGGCUGGAAGGUCAACCUCCCACCCAAACCCGAAGGUGUUUCCGAUGAAAUCGCUAUGCUGUCUGACGAAUACUACAUUGCCGCUGCCGCCAAGCGUCGUGGUCUUGGUCUCGUCAAGUUCAUUGGUGAGCUGUACAAGCUUAACAUGUUGACGGAGCGUAUCAUGCACGAGUGUACCAAGCGCCUGCUCGACUUUGAGGGUAUUCCUGAGGAGGCUGAGGUUGAGUCUCUAUGCAACCUGCUGCGCACUAUUGGUGCCAGCCUGGAUGCUUCUGAGAAGGGUCCUGCCAUGAUGGACGCUUACUUCGCUCGCAUCAACCACAUGGUUGACAUGGCCGGCUUGCCUAGUCGUCUCAGGUUCAUGUUAAUGGAUAUCAUUGACCUGCGUUCCCAACGGUGGAAGUCUAAGGAUGCCGACAAGGGUCCCAAAACUAUCCAACAGAUUCGUGAGGAGGCUGCCCGCGCUCAGGCCGAAGCUGAGAUGGAACGUCAACGCCAACAGGCCAACCGUGGUGGUGGUGGUGGUCGCCCGGCCAUGGGUCGUGGUGAUGCCCGUGGCUUCGGCUACGGUAACCAGGCUCCUCCUCCCGACUAUGCUUCCAGCAAGGUCGGCAGUGAUGACCUGCGUCGUCUGCGGGCUACCCGCAACACCAACCAGCCGAUGUCCUUCGGCCCGUCAAGUCUGCUUGGCUCUCGCAGCAGCAGCGGUCGGAAGGGCCUUGGCCCUGGUGGCAACCUGGUUCGGGGCAGCGAUGACAGCGCUGCAAGCAGCCGUACUGGUACUCCCCCUGCUGGUAAGAAGGAGGACAAGGAGGCUGCGUCAUCAAUGAAUGCUUUCAGCGCCCUCGCCAGUCUGGAAGAUCGGGAUAACAUGGCAACCUCACCCCCGUCCAACCCGACUUCCCCCAUGCUUACCAAGUCGCAGCCCGCCACCGCGGAGCGCCGGCCCUCAAAAACCCCCUCGAAGGACGGGGAGGACGCAGCAUAG